AUGGAUGCCGAUGUCGAUGCGAUCGAUAUCGAUGAUGAUGAUGACGACGAAGAUGAUGGCAUAUUCAGCAUCGCCAAUGACUGCCAACGUGAGGACAAUGAUACCCUCACUGGUGAAGACAACGUUUUUUGA